AUGAAAAUCCCCCGGGGGGUUGUGCGCCCAUUCAACACGUACAACAUCCCGUCCAUUAUCAACAACAGUAAAGUGCACAGCACGUAUAGAGAAAACCGCAAACGAAAUGAAGACGACUUGAUGAAGAUUUACAACAAAGAGUUGGUGGCAUUCCCAUAUGAAGAGGAAAGAUUUAAUAAGCUGCUAAAUAUUCAUGGGCCGGUGAAAAAAAAAAAUGUUGCCGACUUUUUCUUCAACCCAGAAAUGUACAUCAAUGUGAAGAAUGACAGGGUAGGGAGUGUCACCCCUUCCCAUUUCGCCAUUGAAAAUGUGGAUAAGUGCUUCCUCUUCGAGAAGGAACACUUGGACGGGUUUUUCCCAGAGGGACUUGCAGGGGAGUUGCCCAAGGAUAUCUUGAUGCACGGUGGGGGGGGCACCGAUCGGGAGAGUGGCACCCAAACCAAAGGAAAGGAGGCCUCCCCCGAUGGAGACCACCAACAUGAUAACCUCGACGUGUUUCUACGCGAACUGGAAAGGAACCAAAUAGCACCUGAUCACCGAUUGAUAAAGAAGGCGCAACAGUUGAAGGGCGUAGGACUGCUAUUCAGAAAAUUGGCGUACGAAAUUGUAGACGAGUUGAAGCACUUUGAAGAGAAUUACAAACUGCGCAAGCGGAGAGAUUCCCACAAGCUGGACAGCUACUUUGCGCAAAGGGGUGAGUGCGCGAGUUACUACGAUGGGGGGGAUGCGAGUGGGGACUCCGCUGAAGAAGCGCGCAGCAUGAAAGGCAACCCCAAUGGCGGUUACAGCAGCGGCUACCAUAGCGGCCACCAGCGGAUGUCCUACAAAAGCAGGAGCUUCCUAAUAGACGGGAAGCGGGGAACAGGAAAGAGCUGCAUCCUGAACAGCGUGGUCCUCUGGGCCAAGCUAAACCAGUGGCUUGUUAUCUUCGUCCCAGAUGUAAAAAAAUACAAAUUUGACAUUAACACCAUUGUGAGAAGCAAUACGAACUUGUAUAUUCAGCCUGAACUGAGCAGGCAAUUUCUUGAAGACUUAGUAAAAACAAAUGAAUCAUUUUUAAAAAAGUUAAAAGUGGAUAAAGGGAUACUCGAAAGCACCUGCCUAGAUGGAACACAUCUAUUGUAUAACAAAAAAAUUUAUGAUGACAUUAUCAAAAAAACGAUCGAUGCGGAAGUAGCAAAUGAUGAGCAAAAUUAUAAUGCCUUAAGUGAAAGGGAAAAAAAUUUGUACAUGCAAAAAUUGUACAAAUUUUACUAUGACAAUGUAAAAAUUCCAAAUCUUUUAGAUAAAUUUUCUACACCCCCUAAUUUGUUAGAAUUAGCACACAUUGGCAUAAAUAAUGCAUCAUAUGCCAACCUCUGCAUCUACGCAUUGUUCGAGCAUUUGAAGAAACAAACCGAAUUCCCCCUUCUCAUAGCUGUCGAUCAGUUCAAUUUCAACCUCAGUGUUUCAGAAUAUUUAUCCAUAAAUUUUGAAAAUACAAAAUAUAAUGGGUACAUUCCUACGUACUAUUUUACUAUUCCUAAGCUGCUUCUCAAAUGGGACGCCAAUAAAUAUAAAAGGUGCGUUAAAAUCGUUUCCACCUGUUGGGAUAGAGAAAAUAGGAGAAAUUUCAGGCCAGAACUGCUCGGCAUACACAAAAGGGAUGUUAAAACUGCUCGUAAUUUCACCCUCCGCGAGUUUAAGAAUUACGUUGCCCAUCUGUACAACCAGGACGUCAUAUACAAUUUCGAUGUGAACAAGUUGGAAUACUUCUACAUGCUGACUGGAGGAAAUGGCUUUCAGGCAAGGAAGCUCUUAACCACGCUGUACUGA